AUGGCCCUCCCCCACCACGUCGCAUCGUCAGCGAUGCAAAAUCGCAUCCAGGAGCUCCUUGCCAAACACCCGCCCAUUUUCACGCUCGAGACAGCGGAGACAUCGUCUUAUCCAACAGCCAGUUUGCUCGGCCUUCCGAGUGAACUCCGUCUCCACAUUUACAAGUAUGCUUUGUGGCAUCAGCAGUCUGACGGGCUCAUCUGUCCUGCUCCAGAUCUUCGGGUCAAUCGCAACUACGUAUUGGCGACAGUAACGAACAACCUUUGGCGCUAUUCGGAGAACGAGCGGGUGGAUGAUGGAUCUAGGCUGGGAGCCGUCUACCGCUUCAACAUGCGCGGAAAUGACAUCGUACCUGAGAACCUGCUUCGCCCGCCACCACUCGGCCAGCCGCAAGGGCAGAAUCAAGCUCAAGCUGUUCUGGCGCACUCACUGGCCAGGCAACGUGCCGACGCACACAACGCUGUCGAGAUCCAACGCCAACUCUACAACAAGAGUGUGACAGCCCUGGAGAGCGUACCGCGAAUUCAUGAUGGUCAGUGUCGCCGGGGAGAGUGGUCGCCUGUCGACUGGUGGCGCGGUAUCGAGGACAUGAAUCUGAGAGCUAUCGAUAACCUUGUGCUUGCACUCGAUGGACCGUCACUCGCUUGGGAGCCGUUGAAUCCUGCCGCGGUGGUUCACAAAAAGCGCAAGAACAGCCACAAGAUCACAGUUGUAGGGCUUGCAGGCAGACCCGUGGAUCAGCAAGCAUCCGCAGACGCGCAGCUGCGCGUCCCUCCUUUGUAG